GCGAAGAAAAAACGGUUUGACAGCUAACCAGUCAGCAGAGGGGGAGCUUCCUGCAUAUAGUUUUGUUUUUUGGGUUGUUGGCCUGUUCUUGCCUUUUCGUCGAUUUCAGUACAAUUAUGACAUCCACCAUAGACGAAAGCAAUAAGGAAAAGAUGCGGUCUGUGUCGGUAGAUCUAAAUCAUGAUGCCUCUCUUCUCAUCGACAUUCCUGAUGCACUCUGUGAAAGGGACAAAGUCAAGUUUACUGUCCAUACAAAGACCACCCUUAGCUCUUUCCAGAAGCCAGAUUUCUCUGUUCCAAGGCAGCAUGAAGACUUCAUCUGGCUACAUGACACUUUGGUUGAGACAGAGGACUAUGCUGGUCUCAUAAUUCCUCCAGCACCCCCAAAGCCGGACUUUGAGAGCCCCAGAGAGAAAAUGCAUAAACUUGGGGAAGGUGAAGCCACUAUGACUAAGGAGGAGUACUCUAAAAUGAAGCAGGAGCUGGAGGCUGAAUACCUGGCUGUGUUCAAGAAAACUGUCCAAGUGCACGAAGUCUUCCUGCAGAGAGUGUCCUCCCACCCCAUGUUGAGCAAAGACAGAAACUUCCAGAUUUUCUUAGAGUAUGACCAGGAUCUUACUGUGAGAAGAAAGAAUGCCAAGGAAAUGUUUGGAGGAUUCUUUAAAAAUAUGGUGAAGUCAGCUGAUGAGGUCCUUAUCUCAGGAAUCAAGGAAGUGGAUGAAUUUUUUGAGCAGGAGAAGACAUUCCUGCUUGACUACUACAGCAAGAUAAAGGAUUCUACUGCCAAAGCAGAGAAAAUGACCCGCUCGCACAAAAACAUUGCAGAUGAUUACAUUCACAUCUCUGCCACUCUGAACACUCUCGCUGCUGAUGAUAGCACAGCAAAUAAAAAGCACCUGGAGAAGUUGUCAGACCUGUUUGAAAAGCUCAGAAAAGUAGAGGGAAGAGUAGCAUCUGACGAGGAGCUGAAGCUCACAGAGCUGCUCAGAUAUUACAUGAGAGAUAUCCAGGCGGCCAAGGACCUUCUGUACAGGCGAGCCCGGGCCUUAGUGGACUACGAGAACUCUAACAAGGCUUUGGAUAAGGCUCGACUGAAGAGCAAGGACAUUCCCCAGGCAGAGGAGCACCAGCAGCAAUGUCUGCACAAAUUCGACAAGCUCUCAGAGUCCGGGAAGAAAGAACUCACCAGUUUCAAGGGCAGGCGUGUCGUGGCCUUCAGGAAGAAUCUCAUAGAGAUGGCUGAGCUGGAGAUAAAACAUGCCAAGAACAAUGUGACUCUAUUGCAGGGAUGCAUUGAACUGCUCAAGAGCAACUGAUGAGUAUUCAAGUUUUCCUGUCCUACCAUCACUAAGUGACCAGUCAUAGAAAAUGGAAGCCUGGCGUCCCCAGGGCCUUGUAUGGAUGUGACUCCAAGCCCCAUCUCUGCUCCCCACCACGGGUCUGAUGCCACUUUAAACCCCUGCACGAGACCCAGUGUCUUGAAAGCAGAAUGUCUUCAUGUUUACAGAGUCCCUGUCCCCAGGUCAACGGUCCAUCCUUUUCCAUUAUUUAUGGAAGUCUAACUCAAUGUGGCUUCCAACAUUAAGGUUUUCUUUUCUUUGCAGUACCAUUACAUGUGAUUAUCCAUCCCCUUAUUUCUUGUUUUCUUACCUUUACAUUAUGCACAUAGAAAGAAAUUCCUUUUUGAUCAUAUUUUUGCCUCUAAAAAUUCUGAUUAAGCCCUUCCCGCUCUCAUUUACACGUUUAAAUAGCCGCUUUUCUUUCAUUAAAGGCGUAACGCAUGUUUUUGAAUAGCCAUAAUAUGUUUUAUUAUUCAUGCUUAAUCUGUUGGGGCUUUUUUGUUUGCAAAUGGAACAGUUUUACAAAAGUAAAACUAGUGCCUGCGCUCUUGUGUAAGAGUUAAACCAAACCAACUCUUCAGUAAAGACAAGCUGAUGACUGACUUAAGAUGAGCGGCCAUCUACAAGUGGUCUAAUAUACCUGUACAUCACCUCAGGAAUGGACAGUUAGAUUGUUGUCCCCAUUUCUUUCUAUGCAAUAAGUGGCCAUAGGUCCCACAGUUAUCAAAGAUAAACAGUAUUUUUGCAAAUAUGGCUGAACCAUAGGAGAGCAGAAGAUGUCAAACAGUAUCUAGCAUUUUUAUCAAAGCAAAAUCAACACUGGUUCUGGCUCUAAACUUGCAUUUUGGUUUUAUUUGCACUAAGCAUGCAUGAUACCCCCCAGCUACAGCUCACUUUUCCGUGUGUGCUUAUUGUUGCUCUUUCUUUAUUUUGCCCUAAAUUCCACUUGGUUUUUGGUGGGGUCUCAUUUAUCAGACCUGAUAUAUUUACCAGAUCCUCUAAACAUUUUGCUUGUUUAAAGCAGUUAUAAAAAAGAUGCACUAAGGAGAUUGAAAAACACUUUACAAUCAUGACCGGGCUCAGUGGAGUGUUGAAAUGCAUUAUAGUUUUCUAAGAAAUUGAAUGUAUUUGUAAUGGAUUCCAACUGUGUGAACAGUUUCUUACAGAACAUUAGCAUUUUUAUAAAUUUGUAAUAAUGGCAUUGAAUAAAUCUUACUUUCCCAAGA